GCCUACACCUGCAGUUGUCUGUCAGUUUUCUUUUAGAAUUUGUUUCGCGUAGUAAAGUUCUUAACAGUUUUUUCCCAAUUUAAGCGGAUUUGUGUGAUAAAAUAUCGAACGUUCUACCAGUUUCGGAUAACUCAAAUUUGCGAAUCUUAAACUGUGAUGAACUAAGAGCUACGGUAGUUGAUCAUGAAAAUGGUUUUGUCUCAACGCCAGCGAGAGGAGCUUAAUAAAGCUAUCGCUGACUAUUUGGGAAGCAAUGGGUAUAUGGACGCACUGGAGGCGUUCAAAAAGGAAGCCGACAUGCCCGGCGAGGUGGAACGCAAAUUCGGAGGUCUGCUGGAAAAGAAAUGGACUUCCGUGAUUCGGUUGCAAAAGAAAGUGAUGGAAUUAGAGUCGAAAUUGAAUGAGGCCGAGAAGGAAUACAUCGAGGGCGCGCCUACCAGAGGAAAACGAAGUCCAAAUGAGUGGAUACCUCGACCUCCCGAAAAGUUUUGCCUGUCAGGUCACAGGGCGCCGGUCACGCGUGUAAUCUUUCACCCGAUAUUCAGUAUUAUGGUGUCGGCGAGCGAGGAUGCCACAAUAAAGGUUUGGGAUUUCGAAACGGGCGAAUACGAACGGACGCUAAAGGGCCAUACAGAUUCCAUCCAAGACAUUGCCUUCGACUCUUCGGGAAAAUAUCUGGUCUCGUGCAGCGCGGAUAUGAGUAUUAAGUUAUGGGACUUUCAGCAAUCCUACGAAUGCAUACGUACGAUGCUCGGACACGAUCACAAUGUCUCGAGUGUGUCCUUUAUGCCUGCCGGAGAUUUCGUUAUAUCGUCGAGUAGGGAUAAGACUAUAAAAAUGUGGGAAGUACAGACUGGGUAUUGUGUCAAAACGUUUUCUGGCCAUCGAGAUUGGGUUAGAAUGGUCAGGGCGUCACACGACGGAACCCUGCUGGCAAGUUGCUCCAACGAUCAAACCGUUCGAAUUUGGAUGGUAAGUAGUAAAGAGUGUCGUUCCGAAUUACGAGCGCACGAACACGUCAUCGAAUGUAUCGCCUGGGCGCCGGACGCGUCGGCGGCCGCCAUUAACGAAGCCGCCGGCGCCGAUAAUAAAAAAGGAGCGCACCUAGGACCUUUUCUCGCUUCCGGAUCUCGAGAUAAAAGCAUUAGAAUAUGGGAUGUCGGCGCCGGCAUUUGUUUAGUUCUACUGACAGGUCAUGACAAUUGGGUGAGAGGAGUGGUUUUUCAUCCUGGCGGUAAAUUUUUAGUAUCGGCCAGUGAUGAUAAAACGCUUCGAGUGUGGGACAUUCGCAAUAAGCGCUGUCAAAAAACUUUGGAGGCUCAUAAACAUUUUUGUACAUCUUUAGAUUUCCACAAAUCACACCCGUACGUUAUAUCGGGCAGCGUAGAUCAAACGGUAAAAGUAUGGGAGUGUCGUUAAGAAUUCUUUCGAGUGUUAUUUAUGUUUUGGUAAUAUUUUAAAGGACUUGCAUGGCUUCAAUGGCCUGUCGGUAGGCGAUGCUUCUCUACUGAGAGAGAAGAAAGUGAAAUUACACAAAAAAAAACGCUUUAAAUAAACAAAAAAUAUUACAAGUUGUCGUUUUGCUUUUCUUUAUAAUUCAAAUGAAGCGCGAAUUGUUGUAUUCUGAAGUAAUUUUAUUGUAAAAAGUUUUUUAGCGUAGUUUGAAGUGGCAAUUAUAGCUAAUUUUAGUUAAAAGAAGUUUACAGUUUAGAUUUAAUGGUAAAUAUUUUCUGAUUAGCGAAAUUUCAUUUGUGAGACAGGUCUAUUUGUAAUAGUAGGAAUUGUUAGAAUCUACUUAACAUUAGUGCUUCUUAUUAGCUUGCAAUACGAGCAUUUUAGGUACACUACUACUAUGAUAUCGAUAUAAUCAGUUAAGGGUUUGAACGAUUGUAUAAAUUUGUUUGAAGUCAUUUUAUGUAGAUAUAGCUAUUAAUUUUUUUGUCAAUUUUACCAACAUUUAAACUAUUUAAUCUCAUCUGUAGUAAAUUCCUAUUUAAAGUAAAUGUCUUAUAUGUAGCACUGAUAGAUCUUUUAUAUACCACCAGUCCAGUGAAGUGAUUAAUAUUUCAAAUGUAUUACGAAACGAUUUAUUAUUGUAUGGUUAAAUACUCUAAAGUAAAUUGUGAAGGUGAUUUUUUGGCUAUUGCUGUUUGUGCAGUGUCAAAAAAAUUAUGUACAAGUCUUAAUAAAUUUCAAUUUCCAACAAA